AUGGCUUCUAUGGUGAGGAGCCUGCACUGUUUGGGUCGGUACGAUGUUGGUCUACUCCGUAAUGAUGACAGCACUGCCUUUACAGUCAUCCAAUCUCCCCCGUUCAACGAGGCUGUCGUGACGGACGAAACUCAACGUGCUGAAACGCGUCGUAGCGCCAUUAAGGCGGCCAAGAGUCGGAUAGAAAGCGCAGACAGUCGCUCUAGGUCUAGGUUUCUCGCUGUUGCCCAUGCCGGAAAGAAGCCGAAGGCGCAACCAGACCGUGAACCUGCGAUGGAGGUUCGCAAGGGGGCGGCAGCGGAAACGGUGGCCUCUUGCAAGACGUCGUACGAGCAAAUACAAGACUUGCUACGGGCCUACCGUGCGAAUAGAGCAGGGAGGGGAAGAAGUGCAUCGGCGGGCCCACGAGCUCCGCAAGCUGCAUCACCGGAGAGUGGCGGGUACUUUCUGCGGCGGUACGGUGGGAAGUACCCCAAGGAGAAUUACUACGCCCAUUACCGUCUGUACGGCCUGAAGAAGUAG